AUGGUAAUGCAAGAGCCAAGACUGGAUGCUGUUGAUAUUGCAGUGGAAAAUCUUAUUUACAUGACAAAAGUCUUCUCAAAAAGUCCCUCUAGUUCCCAGUCCUCAGCAAGAAAUGAAGAUAAAGAAGAUGUGGUAGCAAUAUUUGAAGAAGCUGCCAAGAAACCACGCAUGCCACCACCCCCACUUUCUGGUCCUGAACUUGCUGCUAUGAUGAAAGUUGGGACCAGAGUUGUUAGAGGAAUUGACUGGAAAUGGGGUGAUCAGGAUGGCCCUUUGCCAGGGGAAGGAACUGUGAUUGGUGAAUUGGGUGAGGAUGGUUGGAUACGCGUUCAGUGGGACAACGGCUCUACCAAUUCGUAUCGCAUGGGCAAAGAGAGCAAGUAUGAUUUGAAACUAGUUGAUUCUCCUCUCCCACCUGCUCCUGAAAGUGACACAGACAGUGAUGAGGAAGAAGUGACUGAGUCAACAUACAUCCGAAAACAUCCAAUAUUGGUCCUUCGAGACUCUUGUCUUCACUUGCUACGAGCAGUGGUCAUUUCAACUGGUCUUAGUGCACAAAAUAUGUCACAAUCAAGUGUUCGAACUGUAGCCGCUUUGCUUCAUAGCAUUGUUCAGGCUGGUACCAUUCAGUCUCCAAAAAGUGAUCCUAUAUUGGAGGAGCAACAUCGUUCAUGGUGCAGUUUAGGGAUAGUGCGCUCUGUCAGCUGCUCCCCAGUCUUGUGUAGGAGUCUUGCAACCUCUCAGUGGGUUAGCCUGCUCCUAAACCUAUCACAAACAUAUCUAGGACCUGCAUCAUUAUAUCGUCGGAUCUUAUCCCUGCGGCUCUUAGCAUCUGUUCUUCCCCACCGAAUUGAUGACUUGGAAGAAAGACAAAUGCUUCUAGACCGUAUAUUAUCAUUACUUGGUAAUACCCUUCUCACAUGUGCCAAUGAUCCAGCUAUCAGUGCCACAGGUAGAAAAGUUCCAGGAACAUGUGUGGCCAUUACAUCAACUCAUUCAAGCACAGUUGUAGAAGCUGUUGUAUCCCUGGUGCGAACGCUUCAUGCCUUACCAGUGUGGAAUGGUGUCAUCAAUGAUUCCAUAACAGAGCGUCUGAGUCUGGUUGCACAGUUGCUGUCUGAUUUGUCACAGUUCCAGUUUAAGGUUGAAGAUUGCCAUCCAGGUAGUCUUGUUGGACAAGCUACCGGUGUUGCAGCUUCCCUGGCUAUCAUUGGUGGUGUUGAUACUCGACCCAGACUAGGAGGCGAUGUGUUUUUGGAAGAUGGCUGUCUAGGCACGAUAGCAAGAAUAGGUCACCACAAGGUGUACGUGCAACCACAUGAUGGAGGCUCCCUCAUGAAGCUGAGCAUGUCUGCCGUGGUUCCUUCACCAACUAAAAGAUUUGCUAUUGACCGACUGAGUGUAACAGCUGCCUGCGUUCAGGUUUGGGUCUCACUAGUGGCAAUUGCUGGGGACUACUCAAGAAGUUUUCAUGUACCUGCACCAGUUACAUUGUCACCUACAUUACUUAGAAUACAGCAGCUACGUAUGCUAGUUAUGAAUGCCUGCCGUGCCCUUCUAAGCCAUCAGUCAUUGCUGCGACUUGUGCUUCUUCAACCCACAAAUGACAUCAGCACUUCCACAAAUAACCUUGAUGGAGAAGGAGAUGAAGUGAGUCAGUCAUCCGAGAUCCUUUUAAUCCAAGAAAGUCUUAUUACUGCCUCUACACCUCCAUCUCCUGUAAAAGCUUCAUAUUCCCGGGAACAACUUGAGACUGCAGCCCUAGCCCUUUGUGAAAGUCUUACUGAGGAAAUAUCGCAGCCACCCCCAUCAACUCCAUGCUCAAACGAUGACAUUUCUACACCCCUGAGUGAUCAUUCAGGGAUUGGGCCACCAUCUCCAGGUAUUCUGAAUGAUAACCAAGUGAAAUCAAGCAGGCCUGCGGCUCCACCAGCUCAAACAAGCCGAGGAAGAAGAACACGAGCAGUUUCUCCUUCCCCUCUUGUGCGACAGUUGAUGGAAAUGGGCUUUGCUAGGAAGAGUGUGGAGCAUGCAAUUAAAGCAUUAGGUAUGGGAACUGAGGUUACUCCAAGUCCAGAGUCAUUAGUUAUGUGGUUGAUUGAACAUGCUGACCAAGCUCUGUCAGAUUCAGACACUGCUCCUGAAGUGUUGGACUCUGAUGCUGACUCCCUGACUGAUGAGUUUAAUGAUGACCCACCAGUUUUAGAGUCAUCCCCAGUCAUUGAGGUAUACCGAAAGCGCAUGGAAUUCACAAACAACGAUGAGUACGCCAUGUAUGUCAGAGAUCACAUAUCUCCCGGGAUGACAGUCCGCUGUUGCCGCACCUACGAAGAAGUUCAUGAAGGGGAUGUCGGACGGGUUGUAAGAGUUGAUCGAGGUUCUCUUCAUAAUCUUAAUGUUCAGGUUGACUGGCACAGGAAAGGUGGUACAACUGUUCGUUAUAUUCACAUAGAACUGAUAGACCAGUCACCCCCACCUCUUGCUACAACUGGCCCAAUUAGAGUUGGUGAUAAAGUCAGGGUCAAAAGUUCUGUCCUGACUCCUAAGUACAAAUGGGGCUCUGUCAAUCAUCGCAGCAUUGGAGUAGUUACAAUUGUCAACAGUAAUGGCCAAGAUCUAAUUGUUGAUUUCCCACAACAACCUAAUUGGCAAGGUCUGGUAUCAGAAAUGGAAGUUGUACCAUCGUGCCAUAUUAAUGUCACAUGUGAUGGUUGUGGAAUUACCCCUAUUACAGGUAUAGGGGCAAGAAUGAAGUGUAAAGUAUGUGACUUUGAUUACUGUGAGGAGUGCUAUCAGACCAGACGAAGUCAUCGACACUUGUUCAAUCGCAUUGCUGAACCAGGAAGUGCAGCAGUUUAUGCAGGGCCUCCUGGACGAGGUCGUUUCCGAAAGAGGGAAGGUAUGAUGGGUGUUGACGGAACAGUAGAAGAUUGGUACCGCUGUGUCCGUAACUUGAGUGUAUCGUCAAGAGAAAAAUUGGGCUCAUAACUUAUUGAUGGGACUGGAAGUUAUUGGCAGAGUUGUGGACAGGAGGGCAAGCACUGGAUUCGUCUAGAAAUGCAACCAAACAUAGCUGUGGAUUGGUUGCGGAUGCUUGUUGAUCCUGCUGACAGCUCAUACAUGCCUACAUUGCUGGUUGUCAGUGGUGGUGACUCUCUUUCUAAGAUGAAAGAAUUAAACACAGUUCGUAUUACUCCAUCAGAUACGUGGGUUACCUUACUGAGAGGUUGUCGGGAACACAUCAAAUUCAUAGACAUCAGUAUUAAGCAGUGCAAGAGUGGUGGCAUUGACUGUCGAAUCCACGGUUUGACAAUCAUGGGAAAAGUUGUCGAUGAGUAUGGAGAUCCUGCCUCUUCCAUAUCUUUUCUUGCGUCAGAUAAUGAAGAUAUUGAGGAUGAUAUUACUGACAUGUCAAGGAAAAGCUUGACUUCCACAAUCAACUUUGAUGGUGAACCAAAAGGUGUGGGGGGCCUGAAUGACAAGGACCAGUCUUGAGGACUGAAAGGUUCUAAAGUUAAGAUGCCUGUUAUGUCGAUACGCUCGGCCAGUUUACGUCCUGUUAAUGUCGCGGGAGGAUCCAAGUUCUUCAUUGUUUCACAGGAAGGGAAGGUUUAUGCUUGUGGUGAAGGCACAGGUGGUCGUCUGGGCCUCGGUCACUGUAGCAAUGUUCCUGUGCCACGGCAAGUUACUGCUCUCAGUCAGUAUGUUGUUAAGAAAGUAGCAGUUCACUCUGGUGGCAGACAUGCCAUGGCUCUUACUGUAGAUGGAAAGACUUCUGGAAUAUUCAAACAUGAGAAUUCACACAAUUCAAUUAAAUAUGGACAAAAUUGUACAACAAAACACAGCGAACAAUUUGAAAUAAAAGAAAAACUUACCACAUCAGCUUUAGUUGUGAGUGUGGCAGCCAGAAUGCUCAUUGCAGAAUGUGAUAUUUUAGAGGCACGCACAGCAGCAGCUUCAAGAGCUGAUGCAGGGGCUUCUCCACCUCCCUCAGCAAUUUCCCCUCCAUUAGGGCUGGACAAAGACGAGGAUGUAUCUGCUAUGGCAUCUGUCAUGGAUUCUGGGGUGUCAGAUGAAGCAGAGGUUCCUGAUGAUGAUGUAAAUUCAAGCGGACUGGAUGAUUUUACAAGAAAACUCACAGAGGAUGAUGCCCGCGUCUUAGUUGAUCUUCUGAAGUUAGCAGUAGCAGGACGAGCAGGCCCAGGCUCUUCCGAAGCAAUUACUAAAGUGCUUAUAGGCCUAGCACGAGAAAACCAGACUGUCUCAGGAAUGCUUACUGAGUUGUGUGUGACAGAGCUAGAAGAUGCUGCCUCUGACACUGAAGCCAUGCGAUCAGUACCCCAACCUGUUGUGCAGGAGAGCUCUCACCCUUAUACUGAUGAUUCUUCUCUGUCAGGGUCUGUAAAGAUACCAGGCGCUGAAGCUCUGAGAGUUGAGUUUGAUCGACAGUGUUCAACAGAAAGGAAGCAUGAUCCUUUGACUAUUAUGGAUGGAGCUGGAAAAGUUAUAUGUACAAGAUCAGGGAGGGAAUGGUCAGAUUGGUCCACUGAAGUUCGCAUUGCGGGUGAUGAAUUGCGGUGGAAAUUCACUAGUGAUGGAUCUGUGAAUGGCUGGGGUUGGCGAUUUACAGUAUUUCCACUCAUGCCUUGCGCAGCACCUAGGGAUUUGCACAGCGAUCGACGCCUUCUGUCCCGCCCAUUAGUUGACUUACCAAUGUGCUUGCUGGACUCCUUAUUACCACUUUGUACUCAAAGUGCCAUUUUGUCACGUCUUGCAGCAUCUCUUGCUCUCUGCGCACAGCUCUCGUCUUUAGCUCCUAGUCAGCGAAUGUGGGCUCUCAAGACCCUGAGGAAAAUUGUAACCACAGACCUAGGGUCUGGACUUAACAUCCGGGCCCUCUUGUCAGCAUCCUAUUCCUCAAGUUCAACACCUGCCCCUUCGAGACCAAUUUCUCCAGUGCCUCAGCUUUCACUCGCUCCAUCAAGUUUGCCUUCAUCCACCCCACAGAGUUUGGCCCCACCUGCACCUCCCUCGCUGCGGGGCAGCACGGAAAGUUUAGAAUCGUCGGGUAGCUUUGUAAAGCCGACGGUAGAAAGUAAAACUGUUCCCGAGAUGCCCCUUGUAAGUCUACUUAAAGGAUUACCUGAGGCUCUGCUGAGACAGGCAGAAUAUGAGGAUCCACUUGUAAGGGGUGGAAAGCAUCUCAUGCAUUCACAGUUCUUUAAGGUAUUAGUUGGUCUAGCGUGUGACCUGGAAUUAGAUAGCGGGGUAGGAUCAGGCGAAGCACACAAAUGGGCAUGGUUCAGGCGGUAUUGCACGGCUUCGAGAGUGCUAAAGUCAUUGAUUGACCGUACCACUCUUCCAUCUGGUUUCUGUGCAGAUGUACGAAAGAAAUUAUGCGAAAUGUUAGGAGAAGGUGAAGUUUUAUCUUUAGAGCAUGAGGAUCACAGCUCAUUCUUACACCAACAUGAUGAACAGCUCUUAUUGUGGUUCAACAGACGACCUGAGGAUUGGACUCUGUCUUGGGGUGGCAGCGGCAGCAUCUUUGGUUGGGGCCACAACCACAGAGGCCAGCUGGGAGGUGUUGAAGGAGCCAAAGUCAAGUUACCAACUCCUUGCGACACACUAACAGCGCUAAGACCUGUGCAGCUCAUUGGUGGUGAACAGACUCUGUUUGCUGUCACGGCUGAUGGAAAGGUAUAUGCCACAGGAUAUGGGGCUGGAGGGCGAUUAGGCAUUGGAGGUGUAGAGUCAGUUUCUACACCUACUUUACUUGAGUCUAUCCAGCACAUUGUUAUUCGAAAGGUAGCCGUCAACUCUGGUGGAAAGCAUUGCCUUGCUCUGACAGCUGAUGGAGAUGUGUAUUCAUGGGGUGAAGGAGAUGAUGGAAAAUUAGGCCAUGGUAACAAAAGUCCAUAUGAUCGACCAAGACUCAUUGAAGCUCUGCAAGGAAAGGGGGUGAUUGAAAUUGCAUGUGGUGGAGCACACUCGGCUGCUAUAACAUCCUCAGGAGAACUGUACACAUGGGGAAAAGGCAGAUACGGAAGGCUGGGCCAUGGCGACUCAGAGGAUCAAUUUAGACCAAAGUUAGUUGAGGCUCUCGUUGGCUACAGAAUAGUUGAUGUUGCAUGUGGCUCGGGAGAUGCACAAACGCUGUGUAUUACGGAUGACGACAAUGUUUGGUCCUGGGGUGAUGGUGACUAUGGUAAGCUUGGCCGUGGAGGAUCAGAUGGCUGUAAGGUUCCAAUGAGAAUUGAUGGCCUGGCUAGUCAAGGGAUUAUCAAGGUGGAAUGUGGGUCCCAGUUCUCUGUUGCUUUAGCCCGUUCAGGUGCAGUGUACACUUGGGGUAAAGGCGACUAUCACCGCUUAGGACAUGGGUCAGAUGAUCAUGUGAGAAGACCUCGUAAGGUAACGGCAUUGCAAGGAAAGAAAGUCAUCAGUAUUGCGACAGGAUCUCUUCAUUGUGUGUGCUGUACCAGUGAAGGAGAGGUCUACACUUGGGGAGACAAUGAUGAGGGGCAACUGGGUGACAGCACUACUAAUGCUAUCCAGAGACCUCGUCUUGUGAUGGCCUUACAGGGAAAGAAGAUUAAUCGUGUUGCAUGUGGGUCUGCUCAUACACUGGCUUGGAGUACUAACAGAGCGGUCAGUACUGGACGCCUACCUUCUCAAGUGCCCAUGGAAUAUGAUCUUCUAAAGGAGAUUCCUCUGCAUGCUCUUCGCAACAGACUGGUUCUUCUUCAUCACUUCUCAGACUUAAUUUGCCAGAGCAUUUCAAUGUUUGAUAUUUGUGCAACAUCAGAGGAAGAGGACUGUCCACGAGUUGACAAGUUAAGAGCUAUUAUUGUGUCGACAGCAAAAGAAACCGCUUUCAAAAAGGUUGUUCAAGCAACAAUGGUCAGAGAUCGACAGCAUGGUCCCAUUGUUGAGUUGAACCGUAUCAGUGUGAAGAGAUCUCGUUCACGUGGUGGUUUGGCUGGCCCAGAUGGAAUGAAGUCUGUGUUUGGUCAAAUGGUUGCCAAAAUGUCACUUAUGACCCCAGAUGCAUUAUUCCUACCACAUCGUGUGUGGAAAGUGAAAUUUGUUGGUGAAAGUGUAGAUGACUGUGGUGGAGGUUACAGUGAGAGUGUAGCAGAGAUGUGUGAUGAGCUAAUGAAUGGCUCUUUACCCCUUCUAAUACCUACACCCAAUGGUCGAGAUGAGGCAGGAACUUCCCGUGAUUGUUACCUGCUCAACCCACAAUCUAAUUCACCUCACCAUCUAAACAUGUUUACAUUCCUUGGUGUGUUGAUGGGAAUAGCAAUCAGAACAGGUAGUCCAUUAAGUCUUAAUUUGGCUGAACCAGUUUGGAAGCAGCUGGCAGGAAUGGCAUUGACCCCUGCUGAUAUAACUGAGGUUGAUCGCCAUUAUGUUCCUGGAUUAAUGUGCGUUCAGCAGAUGGAAGGUGAUGAAAAAACAUUCACUAGUCUUGAUUUACCGUUCACAACUACGUCGGCUGCUGGUCAUGACGUUUCAUUGUCUGCUCGGCAUACAAGGAUUACAGUAGCAAAUAGACAUGAAUAUGUUCGUUUGGCUCUUAAUUAUAGGUUACAUGAAUUUGAUGCCCAGGUAGCUGCAGUAAGGGCAGGAAUGGCUCGUGUUGUACCAGUUCCAUUGUUGUCUCUCUUCACCCCUUAUGAGCUGGAAACCAUGGUAUGCGGAUCACCUGACAUUCCUCUAAACUUGCUCAAGAGUGUUGCUACUUACAAGGGGGUCGAAGCAACUGCGCCUUUAGUUCAGUGGUUCUGGGAAGUCAUGGAAGAAUUUAGUACAGCUGAAAGAUCGCUUUUCUUGAGGUUUGUAUGGGGCAGAACUAGACUUCCCCGCACCAUUGCAGAUUUCCGCGGAAGAGAUUUUGUAUUCCAGGUACUGGACAAGUAUACACCACCAGAUCACUUCCUUCCAGAGUCCUACACUUGCUUUUUCCUUCUCAAGAUGCCUCGAUAUUCAUGCAAGGCUGUGCUACGUGAAAAGCUGAAGUAUGCUAUUCAUUUCUGCAAGAGCAUUGACACAGAUGACUAUGCUAGAGUAGCCAUGACAGGUGGAGGAGUUGAAGACAAUGGAUCUUCCGAAUCGGAUACAGAUGACUGGGAUUCGAUUGGUAGUGAGGAGCCCAUGGCAGACUGUGUAUCUUUGUACUCCACAUGAUUCACAGCCGGUGAUAGCUAUUGGGAAUAACGUUUCUUGAAGUACAAUGUUUUGAAAAUUGUUAGCAUCAAAUUCAAUACAAAAUUUUCUAGGGGUGUUCAUAAACAAGCUUCAUGAUAUGCAUUGCUGUAAAUUCCCAUGUUUUAUCAGUUUCAUUCCUUAGGCAAUAUGUAGACGUUAUAAAUCCUGCGAAAGACUGAAGAGUAUAUAUCAGCUAAUCAAUACUUUUUAUGUUGGAAAUAUGCCCAUUGAUAUGCUGAGUGCUUGAAUUUAUUUAAGAACAGCUGUUGAAAGACAGGAUGCUUCUGUUUGAAGGCAUUUUGGAAACUGCCAAUCUUUGUGCAUUCCCUCAAAUUAUAGGUAGUGAGAUAUUCGCUGUAUGCUGUUUUAUAAAGCAGUUUACACAAAUUUUUUAUAAUGUGCUUACAAUUAUGCAUACUGUGUACUAAUAUUGUAAAUAAAUUUAAGUGUAGUUA